AUGACUCUUCGAGCAAACCCCAGUCCGCCGCAUGAGGUACAGAGCAGAAAACGGCGACGAUCUGCUUCUGGGGGUAUUCACGCCCUUGGGAGUCUGGCUUGCCGCCGGUGUCGAUCACGCGAGGUGAAAUGCGACGGAGAUUAUCCUGCCUGUGGCGGCUGUACAAAGGCAUCUACACCUUGCAUCAUCGCCGAUCCAACAGCAACGCGCGAGUAUACUCGAUCUUUGUCCAGUAUCUCCUGCGAGCCAUGCGAAAAUCACGGCACAGGCUCUUCAUUCCGAGCACUCCUCGCUUCUGAUCUUCCCUCAACGCCCCUCGAGUAUCAUGCGCCACAUGAAUUGCCAUCAGAAUCCGAGGCGCAUGCUGCCAGACACAUUGCAGGCGCUGAAGAAAGCAGUGUCUCUCCAGACGAAAUUCUAAAACCUGGUGAAGUAUAUCCUAUGCUUCGUAAGUUUCACGACACGCUCAGACAGUGGCGACUCGACGCCCCGGUUUCCCCAAACUCGUCUUCUGUCUACUAUAUGGCCGAAUUCUACGAGCUUCACUAUCAGAAAGAACGUCUUUCACUUCUGCGCCAGGCUAUAUUCAGGAUGCCCUUUGCAGGCUCCCGCCCGCCGGCCGGUCUACUCAAGUCAUGCGUCGAGGCUGCCGCUACAAUAGCACGUACGUUCGACUCACUUAGACGCCAACCGCUGCUUACGUAUACAAGAUCUUGGACACACUUGAUCUUUUCAUCCGGAUUGGUCCUGACAUUUGCCGCAUUUGCUGCUCGGACUCGAUCUCCGCAAUCGACGUCACACAAUCUUUCUUCUGGAGUGGACGAGGGGUUCUGGUGGGAAUUUUAUCAGAAUCCGAACCCUCUCACGGACCAGGAACUGUUCGAUUUCCUGUCGAUCACAAGCGAGUCACUAUUCUGGCUUUCGGAAAAGUUGAGUGACAUUGCAUUUUAUACCAAGCUGUUUGAGGCCUUAAGACUGGAAUUGGUCACGAUAGCAGGAGCCCGAAGUCGACGAGACCCAGGAGAGCAAAGCGGCACAUCAGACCUUGGCAGGGAGGCUCUGGCCGCGAGUGCAGAUAACGCAUUGUGUUUCGACGCCAUCAGACGCUCGUCAAGAGAAAUUUCCAGCAUGGCCAGUCGCUGUGAAAGGCCUACGCCCGAUGGCCUUUCGUACGACACUUCCAAUGCUAAUGGCUCGUUGAAUGACGAAGCCUUCCUUCAAGAUGGACCCGAAGAACUCUUCGCGAACGCGUUCACCUUCGAUGACCAGAUAGAGGCAUGGGCUGACAUGAACCCCUUCCAGCUCUCAACCUGGCCUUUGCCAUAA